GUCCUUGAAUUAAUAGACUGACAGUUGAGUUUGCGUUUGGUUUCUCUUCCUUCCUUCUUUGUCUUUUCUGUUUCAUCUCCCAUUCUUCACGUAAUUUCCAGCACAAACCAAACUCACUCCCUCACUUCAAUUCAAUUUCCACCCUCUUCACAUGGACGAUCCUCCUUCCAAACACCGCAUCCUCACUCUCCUCACCGCUCUCCUCGAAGCAUCCAAAGAUCUCCACACCAAAACCACCCCCUUCUCCACCCUCAACCCAGACUCCAUUGACACUCUCCUCAACCUCGAAACCAAAGCAAUCACCGUCUUCUCAACCGACCCAAACCUCCACCCCCUCACCCACACCCUCUCCACCCUCAAAACCCUCAUCGAGAAUCUCCACAGCUGUCAAGGCUACAACCCGAACUCCCUCCUCCGCCGCCACAUCACCACCUACAAAAUCUCCCAAACCGCCAUCACAUUCGAGGCCGAAAUCCAAGCCUACAUCGACCGCGUCACCGUUCACGACCUCGUGACAACGCUACAACAGCCUCACGGUGAGGAUGAGCAGGUGAACGCGCUGGUUGAGUUCGAGCAGAGGUUGGCUCAGGGUUUUGAUUUGGGGUUUCAGGAUCUGGUGUUGCGGGCGAAGGUGUUCACGGUUCUGGAGCGGACGUUGUUUGAGCCGCUGAGCUCGAAGAGGGUGAAGGAGGAAGCUGCGGUGGCCAUUGCUGCUCUGGUAAAAUUCAACAAGAAUGUGUUUGUUGGGUUGGUGUUGAUGGGUCCUACCAUCAAGGCGUUGAUAGCUAUGGCUUCUACGUGUUCGGUUCAGGUUCUGACGUCGUUGGUGAGGUUCAUUCGGAGUCCUUUGGUGGAUGAAAUUUUGUCACAUGGAGAGAUUCCAACGAUUGUUGGGUUUUUAAGGUUACAGGAUUUGUCUCUUUGUGCUGCGGCGUUGGAUUGUGUUAUGGAAAUUGCAUACAUUGGGAGGAUGGAAGUGGUUGAAGCUAUGUUUCAGGAGAAUUUGGUGAAGAUACUCAUGGAGUUGCAGAGGAAGGGUAGUGAAAGUGGGGAUUCUUCAUAUGAUGUGGAGGAGAACAGAGGAAGAGAAAAAUAUGAGGGUGUGGAGGAGUUUGAUGCUGUUUUCGCUGGUUGUGUUUCGAGGUUUGCUAUUCAAUUGGAAGUGGGGGAAGGUUUGACAUCUGAGGAGAAAACAGAGGUGAAAUUGGAGGUAUUGAAGAUGGUGAAGAAGGCUUCUCAGUCAGAUGCAGAGUGCGCCACCGUUAGCGCCGAGAUACUGUGGGGUUCUACGCCAUAAAAAGGGUGCUUGCUUUGGUGUUUAUUGCCAGAACUCAUCAUUUUGGGCUCCACAAGGCCAUGAUGCUUGCGAGGAAUUAGCCUUCCUCCAACGCGAGAUUUGAAGAAUUUUAACUUUCCCAGAUCUCGUUGGCAAUUCGGUGCAGCAGCGUGCAGAUCUUGUAGUUUCUCCAACCAGAAUUUGAUGUUGUGAUGGGUUGGAGAUACAAGGCUGGCUUGUUCCUCAUAGCCACUAUCAUUAUCUGUUGGGAGGGUAUUUUACAAGCAAUAAGCAGCCAUUUGCACUAACAUAUCUUGGAGCUUCUCUUAUGGUUGUGGCGUAGUGUUCCUCCCUAUAGCAUUCAUUAAGGACUGGUUUUAUACCUUGCUUAAACGCUGGUCUUCUAAAAGUGGUAAAAAUUUAGAACGCAUAGAUGAUUUUUCUGUCAGGGUUAGCUCUCUCUCAAAGGCAACUGAGUGCAGAAAAACUUUGAACUGGAACUGGGGAGUGUGAUUCUAAAAGAUAGUGAUUUAGACCCUUAACUCUUGCAGAAGUGAAGGUUUAUGACGCUGUAUAUGUUUUUAAGUUCCAACUAACUAACUAUAGUUGCCACAACUAUUGAUUAGUUACAAUGAAGAUAUGUGCUCUUAACUCCAUGAGGUUGGGGCAUAUAUGUCAAAGUGACCUAUUUAGAUGUGUGAAUUGAGUUAGAGAUAUUGGUAUAUUAAGGACAUCAUCUAAAUGUUGAUUGGUCUUCACAUGAAUGUGUUUCAAAAGUCUAUAAUUGACUCAUUCUCUUACGAAUGACAAUCCAAUAUCAAUAUGUUUCAUCC